AUGAGUAAUUCUUUUCAAAAGAGAGAGAAAGGAUUCAUUGGAAAUUUAAAAUAGCUAAUAAAUGUAUAUAUUUAUAUAUGAAUUUAGAGUUCGGAGUAUGGCAAUAUCAUAAAAGUCUUAGAUUCUAAUAAUGGUUUUAUUAUAAUUAAUGACUAUGAAUUUUAACAUCAAAUAUUAAAGAACCAUUUUAAGCAUUCAAAUAUAGCAAGUUUUAAGAGGUUCAUAAGAAGUUUUAAUAAUUAGAUAAUUAAAUAUGUAUGGGUUUUAGUUUACAAGAACAUUAGAAGGUUAUAUGAAAUUUUAGCAUAACUAGUUUGAUAGUAGAAAUGAUGAGGGGCUUUAAAUAAGAUAAAAUACAUUAGUUUCAACAUUAAGCUUAGAUUAGGAGUUAUAUUUGCUAAAAUUAUAGUUGAAAGAUAUUUAAAGAAAUCAACAAAUAAUGUAAAAGUAAAUAAGAGAAAUUAUUGAAUAACAGAAAGAAACUCAGAAAAAUAUUAAGAAGGCAAUGCUAGUAUUAAUAAAUAAAUUAUUAUAAUAGGAUUAUGUAAGAAUAAGAGUUAAUGGAUAAAGUAGAGGGAAAAAAGUAGGAAAAUUUGUAUGGAAAUUCCAUAUUAAUAUUACGAAUAAGAAAUACAGUAAUAAUUUAAAGUAGAAAAAUAGAAAAAUUUCUAUAUAAGAAGUGGAGACAAGCUAACCAUUGUUUAGAAAAUCUUUGUAUAGAAGAUGUAAAUUUAUAGAUCUUCAAAUAAUAAUUUUAUACUCCAUUUUUAUAUAAUUCGAUUUUUGACAUUAAGAUUCCAAAUUUUAAUCUUGAAGGUUCUGAAAUUUUAUAACUUUGUGAUAAUUAAGAUUAAAAUGAGGAUAGUGAUUUGGAUAAAUUAGAAGUUCAAAGUGUAAGUAAUAUUAGUAAUUAUUUAAAUUUAUGA